AUGGAGACACAAGGCAAUCUCCCAUGCAACAACAGGAAGCAGUCCCUGAACUACGGCUGCAUCGUGGCCAACACGGAGACGUGUGAGGUCCUGCACUACGUGGAAAAACCCAGCACCUUCGUCAGCGAGAUCAUCAACUGCGGCAUCUACCUGUUCACGCCAGCCAUCUUCCAGCACAUCGGCGAGGUCUUCCAGAGGACCCAGCAGGAGCUUCUCCUGGAGGAGAGCCCCAAUGGCUGGCAGCGUGCCGAGGUCAUCCGGCUGGAGCAGGACAUCUUCACGGCGCUGGCCGGGCGUGGCAAACUCUACGUCUACAAAACCGACGGCUUCUGGAGCCAGAUCAAAUCGGCCGGCUCUGCCAUCUACGCCAGCCGCCUCUACCUCAGCCAGUACAGCCAGUGCCACCCGGAGAGACUGGCCCCGAACAGCCCCGGGGGGCCCACCAUCCGAGGGAACGUGUAUAUCCACCCGACGGCGUCCAUCGACCGCAGUGCUGUGCUGGGUCCCAACGUCUCCAUCGGGAAGGGGGUGACGGUGGGAGCCGACGUGCGUGUGCGCGAGUCCAUCAUCCUGCACGGGGCGUCGCUGCAGGAUCACACCUGUGUGCUGAACAGCAUUGUGGGCUGGGACAGCACCAUCGGGCGCUGGGCCCGGGUUGAGGGGACGCCCAGUGACCCGAACCCCAACGACCCCUACGCCAAAAUUGAUAGCGAGACCCUCUUCAGGGACGGCAGGCUCACGCCCUCCAUCACCAUCCUGGGCUGUAACGUCACCAUCCCCGCGGUGGUUGUGAUCCUCAACUCCAUCGUCCUGCCCCACAAGGAGCUGAGCCGCAGCUUCAAGAACCAGAUCAUCCUGUGAGGGGCCAGCGGAGUGGCGGGACGGGCCCGGCCGGGAGCUGGGGACCUUCUGGGCCUGGCCCGGUUGCAGUGCAGUUCUAUAUUAUAGACUCAUAGAAAGAGACCUUCUAAAAACGUUACAACGUAUAACUGGCCCGCGGAACCUUACCUGAGAGUGACUGAAUGGAGACUCGGGGGGAAACUGGACAAAGGGAGAGAGUCGGCUGGGGAAUUGGAGGGAACCCUGCGGCUGGGCUCUAAGCUCCCUGCCCCCCAGAAGACCCUGACUGAGGGGACCUGGUUGUACCUACAAGGCCUGGUUUGGAGUGCGUACCUCUCAUCUAAUAAACUUUCUGUUCUACUGCCCC